UAAUUUGACUUACAACUCACUAGACAUGCACAUUUAAACCCUUAAACGUGAUCUCCUAACAUUUAAAUCCCUCCCUUUUCUCAACAACCAAAAACAUUAUCUUUCUCCAUUUCUUGAUUUCUUGAUUUCUCUCUACCAAAAAUGGACCCGCUCAACCGAGCUCCGCCACUUCCACAACCACUUGCUACCGGCGAAAGUCACGUAAACCUCCCAUUCGAGACCUUACCAUCGCGUAAAACAACCAACAACAAACGUUACACGGUGUUAUUAGCCAUAAACUACAUGUCCCUCUUUGUAGGGUCCUUAGCCUCCUCACUUUUGGCUAAGUUUUACUUCAUUCACAAAGGCUCUAGCCGUUGGGUCUCUACAUGGAUUCAAUGUGCCGGAUUUCCCAUCCUUAUUUUCCCAAUUUUCAUUCCCUACUUCUUCAAUUUUACUCCAAGAAAACCCUUCAAAAAAUUCACCAAAAAAUUAUUAAUUCUAUCAAUAAUAAUUGGCUUUUUGUUAGGCUUAAAUAAUUUCUUAUUUUCUUGGGGGACUUCUUAUUUGCCUGUUUCAACUUCUUCUUUGCUAUUAUCUUCGCAACUUGCAUUCACAUUAAUCUUGUCUUUCCUCAUUGUUAAGCAAAAGAUCACAUUUAACAACUUGAAUUGUGUGAUCUUAUUAACGUUAAGCUCGAUUUUAUUGGCUAUUGUUUCGAGCCAUGAUCGUCCGAAGGGUAUAACUAAGAGCAUGUAUUUUGUUGGAUAUUUUUGUACAAUUGGGGCUGGCUUGCUCUUCGCUCUUUAUCUUCCCAUCAUGGAGAAAAUCUAUAGGGAAGUGUAUUGCUACGAAAUGGUGAUGGAGAUGCAAUUAGUGAUGGAGAUUGCAGCAACGGUGUUAGCCACCGUAGGAAUGGCAUCGGCCGGUGGUUUCCGGGAGAUGAGGAGGGAGAGUGAAAACGUGUUCGACCUUGGCUAUAGGAUGUACUGGCUUAUAGUGGCGGCCAAUAUUGUUAGUUGGCAAAUGUGCUUCAUGGGCACCGCAGGGAUGGUGUUCCUGACCACGUCGUUGACCGGUGGCGUGUGCAAUACAGCCCUUCUAGCAAUGAACGUCCUUGGUGGGGUCAUUGUUUAUGGGGACGACUUCGGCGGAGCCAAGGCCGUGUCCACCGUGCUUUGUGCAUGGGGGUUUUGCUCCUACGUGUAUGGGUUGUAUGUGAACAACAAAAAGGAAAAGGUAGAGUGUGGUGACAAUAAUCAUGAUAAGGAGAUGACUCAAAUUGUGAUGGACAACCAUUAAUUAAUUAAGGUUAAUUUCUCUCUUUUGUACCUAGAAAAGUUGUGGUGUAGUUUUGUAUAUUGUGAAGAUGAUCGAUCAAAAUAAUGUUUGCUAUACAUACACAUAUUUUAUAUUGGCGAUUGACUUGUUAUGUUUUUUGUA